GUUAUUCUAUGAUGUAAACGUAGAAAUGCAGUAUGGCAGAUCGUAAGCAGAGCAGGGAGGUCUGUACGAUCGUACUUUUGUGCGUUUUGUGGUACGCCGUAAGUUCUACGAACAAUGUCGUGGGCAAAACGGUGCUCAGCGAGUUUCCGUAUCCCAUGACGAUGACGAUGGUCCAGCUGCUGUCCAUAACUGUUCUGAGCGGGCCACUUUUCAACAUAUGGGGCGUGAGAAAAUACGCGGGCAUGUCGUGGCAAUACUACCUCAAGCUGAUCGUGCCGCUGGCUUUCGGAAAAUUCGUGGCGUCGGUGUUUUCGCACGUCAGCAUAUGGAAAGUGCCGGUGUCCUACGCGCACACAGUGAAAGCGACGAUGCCCCUUUUCACCGUCGUCCUUUCGAGGAUAAUAAUGGGUGAGAGACAGACGAGUAAAGUGUACCUGAGUCUGAUUCCCAUUAUCGCGGGCGUAGCUAUAGCGACUUUAACCGAGAUAAGCUUCGAUCUCGUUGGGUUGAUCAGCGCGUUGGUGGCGACCGCCGGCUUUUCCCUACAGAAUAUAUUCUCGAAGAAAGUGCUGAGGGAUACCAAUGUGCAUCAUUUGAGGCUGUUGCACAUCCUCGGCAGACUCGCUCUGGUUAUGUUUCUGCCCGUGUGGGCGUACAUCGACUUGAGGUCCUUGUGGAACGACAAGUCAGUGGCCUACCAAGACUACAGGGUAAUAGCGUUGCUUAUUGUCGACGGCGUCCUCAAUUGGCUGCAGAAUAUUGUAGCUUUUAGCGUUUUGUCGCUGGUGACGCCUCUGACUUACGCGGUGGCGAACUGCAGCAAACGCAUAUUCGUGAUAGCCGUUUCGUUGUUCGUCCUGGGCAAUCCGGUCACCCGGUUGAACGUUUGCGGAAUGCUGACCGCCAUUUUCGGGGUGCUCUUCUACAACAAGGCGAAAUACGACCAGAGACGCGGGGAGAAGACGGUUUUGCCUUACGCCGAGAAGAACCAGCACAUCAACAACAAUUUCAGCUACAGCAGUUACAACAGCAAUACGAGAACGAAAGGUAACUUGUUGUUUUCGUGAAGCGGAAGGCGGAACAUGGAAUUCGACAUCGGGAAGCUCAAACCGUAGUAAUAUUAGGAGAUUGAGGUUAGUGCUAGUCAGAUAGGCGAUAAAUAAUUCGAUUGUAUUUAUUGAUUUUAGUCGGGACUCGCUUUGUACAUAAGAUUCCCAAUGAAUGAAUUUUUUCCUAUGCAUACUUUUCGAUAUACAGGGUGUCAAACUGUGGGGUUCUUAGUGAUUAUCUUAGAAAUCGUUUGAGGUAUCCAUAUCGGAUAUAUCUGAGGAUAUAAAUGUGCGCUCCUGAUUUUUUUACCAAUUUCAAGUGUUUUUUUUUUAAGGGAAACUUUCUCGUCUCUCGAAUAUUUUUUGUGCUUUGUUUCGAUUCUGGCGAAGAAAAAAACACCGCCACGCAAAAACCGCGCGCCACUGACUUUAUUACGAAUUUCUCUUUUUUCUCAAAUGAAAAACGCAACUUUUUGUUCUCUAAAAUUUUUUUCGCAUUUUGAUUCGUUUUCCUUCGUGACCCUAUCCACAUUUUUGACUAAAAAAAAGUGAGCGCCACUGACUUUCACGAAUUUUAUUUUUUUUUAAAUUUAGGCAAGUAAAAAUGCAACUUUCUCGUCUAUUCAAUUUUUUCCUUAUUUUGCUUCGUUUUUGAGAAAAAAAAACAAGCCCGAUCGGCACUUUUGACCACAAAAUAUGUGCGCCACUGGCAUUUUUACCGAUAUCAAUUUAUAUUUCAAAUUAGGCAAUUAAAAACGCAACUAUUUGAACCGUAUCGACAUUUUUU